AUGACAUCUAAGCAAGUCAUCCUUAUUCAAAAACCACAUGAUGAAGAGUUACAGGAGUACUUUUCCAAGAGUGAUUUAAAAUUCACGAGCUUUUUUGUUGAAAAAGUAUGCAACUGCAAAACAUUAAUCGAAUUUCUGAAUGCUUCCAUUUGUGCACCAGAUAUAUUUAUUAAAAAGUCAAUAAUGCGCAAAUUAAUUCAUGAAUUCCGUUUCAGAGGAAAAAGCUUCAUGUUUGCAGAUAUUAGUAAUUCGAACGUAGAUUUAAAUGAUCACGAUUACAUUCUAUUUUGCAAUAAAUACGACUUUUAUGGGUAUAUUUCAAAAGAUCAAAAGAAAAUUUCCCAAAGUCCACUAAGUAUUAAUGCUAUUAUUAAGGAAAUAUUCCCCAGUAGUAAAAUUCAAAUCAAACCAUGGAAGGAUUUUCGAUUUGGAAUUAAAAAUGCAUUUUACGUGAGAUGGCUAUAUUUUACAGAGAAAGCUCCUCCUGAUUUUCUUAAUAACGACUUAUAUUCGUUUAUUCAUGACAUUUAUAUCAAUUGUAUCAAUAUUGACAGACAAAUAUCCGAAUAUUUAGUAGCAAUUGAUGCAAUUAAUAACAAAAACCCUGUUUCAAUUUAUUCAAGCAAUAAAUUCCUUGGAUUACUAAUAAAUUGGUACAAAAACCAGUCAUCCCUUCCAUUUCCUUUAUAUUAUAAGACAUCAGAUCAACCAGACCUUAUUUUAGAAAGUAAAUCUACCAAAGCCGUUUCGGUUUCAAACGAAAAAGAACAAUAUGUUUUCAAAGGCGUAAAAAUAGAGAAACCAAAUGUUUCAUCAUUCAAACACAAGAAAGUUGUUGAAUUGAAUGUGCAUAAGCCAACAAUUACUCCAUUAAAUUUAAGAAAAAGUGAUGAAAUUGUAAAAUCUCCUCCAAAAGAAGAGCAAACGACUUCAAACAAUACUAAUGAUCUCUCAUUAGUUUAUUUAAUCUCAGAAGGAUAUAAUUUAAUGAUAAGGCAAGAUGGAUAUCCAUGUUUCUGUCCAGCAUAUGUAUCAAAGACGCAACCAAUUAAGAUAAAAGUUUUAGAUGCUAAAUUUAAACCAAUAAACCACAGAAUACAAUUCUAUUGCUACCAAACACCUAAAUAUUCUUUCAGUGAUGAAACGAAAGAAAGUAAUAUUUAUAUUGAUGAAUAUUCAAGUAAUAUUUCUCUCACGAUUUAUUUCACUGACGAAUUCUACACGAACUUAUUUUUUAAUUUCCAAAUCAUUGAAGACUUGAGUUAUUACACUCAACCAGAGAAAUACAGCAUUCUCUGCCUUAAUCAGAGCCAGAUUUGGAUUUCUGACAAUACUCAGAUCAAACAGUAG